AUAAAAUAUCAAUUUCGAAAAAGGAAUCCAACUUGUGCUCGGAGAUUUCCCUUCUUCCCCAAAUUGAACCCUGAACAUACCUUACCGAUCGAGGAAAACUAAACAAAGGCGAAAACUUUGAUCGCAGGUUCCAAAAAUGGGAGUCAUUGAGAUAUGGGUGGCCGAAUUCGUCCUCCGUCGCCACCAAAAUCCUAGGGUUUACGCUACUAGCCUCUUCUCGGCUCUGAAAUUGGACGACUGUCCAAAGCUCAAGACUAGUGCCGUGGUGCGGGACAUGUCGAAUUCGUUGAUUCGAGGUCAAGUCGACGAGAGAAUGCUGGAUCUUCUCGAGGUUCUCGAGAAGCUGCAGGAGGAUUCGGUAACCAUGGAGUCUCUCAAGUCGGCCUAUUGCUGGACGGCCGUCGAAUGCACGCUUAGAUUCAUGUGGCCAGAGACUGCUUCGGAUGGUUUCUUCGGCGAGGCCCUCGAGAGGAUUUGGGGGAAGCGGAUUGGGAUUUUGAAGGUGAGGGAGAGCGAUCUGGUGACUCCUGAGUUAUUGAAGUGGGAGAGUGAUCUAAAGAUGGCCGUUGAGGAACCUGACAUGUACCAGAAGAUUCGUGAGACUAACAUCAGGUACAAUGCCAUCUCUCAUCUCAAUCAGCUUCUCAAAGAGCAGUGGGCUCUACUUGGUUGUUCCUCUCUUGAGUUAGAAGCUCGAAAAUGGUUUCUUAAGCGCAAGGAUCCAAAUGCUGCCCGGGAAAGAGGUAAGCAUUACGGAUACAGUGGGGAGGAAGUUAAUGACGUUGAAGAUACGGUGAAUGAACAAGAACAAGAACGUGAGCCAAGUCUUGAUACGGUGAAUGAACAAGAACAGGAACAUGAGCCAAGUCUUGAUAAGGCGGACAUAACAGUGGCUCGAGAGCUUAAGGAUUGUUUGUUAGAGAUCAUUCAAGGACUGGUGGAACCUUCCACGAGGCAAGGGCAAGAAAACAACAACGCAACUGGCCUCUCCUCAGUUGAUGUCUCUCCUCAGCCAGAUCGGGCAAACAGGACUGAAACAGGAAGAGGUCGAGCAGAAGAUAGCCAGGGAACAUCAUCGUCAUCAUUGUCUGGGAGAGUUCGGCCUUAUCUACCAACCCCGAAACCUCUGAAUGUAUCAUCGUUGAAGAAAGAUAAACCGGCUAAAACGGGUUUCAAAAGGCCAGUGAGACACUGGACGCCUGAAGAAGUGCAAGCUUUAAGGGAUGGAGUGAAAGAGUAUGGAAAAUCAUGGAAAGAUAUAAAGAAGUCAAACCCUCUUGUAUUCGCUGCUAGAACUGAGGUGAAUUUGAAGGAUAAGUGGAGGAAUUUAAUCGGUCGCUAGUUUGAGUUCUUGGAUUUCUUUUUUGUCUUUUGUCAAAGUAGAACUGAGGUGAUUUUGAAGGAUAAGCAGAAUAUGUUUUGUAAGAGUAGUCGCAGAUGGUCGGAGGGAUGCAAGAGUAGAAAAUCUAAGUCUGAUGUUGUCUCUUGGUUGUAAUAGCAAGUUUACGUAAGAACAGAUGCUUCGUAAUU